CGGUCGACUGCGGAAUCUCCGCAGCAGUCGUCGAUGGGACCUUACUCAGGCACCCGUCGCAGCUUUCUGUACUUGUUUCACUUUGCAUGCGGGUCGGACACUGCUAGCUGGCUAGCAUGCGCAACUACCUGCCGGCCAACUAUGGCAACCUGUACUUCCAAAGGAAAAGAGCACUGCGCGUCGCCGCCUUUACGGGUGCGCUGCUUACUCUGUUCCUCCUCCUUAGACACACGCUAGUCGAUGUCGAUGAUAUCGGGCUGUCCGAGCUGGCUCUAUCUGCACAGCUCAUCGAAUUCUCUCAAUACCUCCCCUUCAAAGCGGCACGGCUUCCUCUUCCUUCGCCACCCAGAACACCAUUACGACCGGUCCGCGAGCUGUCAGACUCGUGCCUCGAGGCUCAUUUUGCCCGCGGCGAGCUCUGCCACGCAGAGCAGAUUCAACCUGUCGACAUACUGUGGACAUGGGUGAAUGGUUCUGAUGUGCUCUUGGACGAGGCGAAGAGCUCUGCGCAGAGCCAUUACAGCCCAAACGAUCCGUACAGACCUGCGAAGGCGACCAGUCAGGCGCGGAUGUAUCGUGAUCAUGACGAGCUCCGGUACUCCAUGCGGUCUGUUCUCACCAAUUUCAAAGGUCAUGCGAGCCGUUUUCGCCUCCUGACGUCCGACUUUCCCAUGCCCGAUUGGUUGACAGAUAAGCUGGAAGUACACGAUCCGAAAUCGUGGAGGCUGGGCCAGAUGCCACAAUGGCUGGAUUUGAGCAGGGGAACAGCGUCAAACAAGUGGGAAGAAGGCGGCGUUGAGCUCUCUAUUAUUCAUCAUGCAGAAGUCUUCCGUCCGUACGUUGGCACGAGCUUUAACAGGAAUGAUGAUACGUUCAUGGUGAACGAACUAUCUCCCGUCAGCUUUUACACUUCAUCAUACGGCAUUGUGAUACACAUGCAACCGGAUCUCCUCGUCAAACCAGCACGAGUCACUGACCGAACGAUAGGCGAAUGGCGGAGUCUCAGUGAGACCAACUAUCUGCUAAGCCAACGUUUUGGUGCCCGCUACCGCCCCUACGUCGCGCACGAGCCCAAAACCGCCUCCCGCGCACUCCUGCAAGAGAUGGCGGUGGUGUGGCCCGAGUCGUUCGCAAAGACCGCCACGCACACAUUUCGCGAGACCGAGCGCGGCGACGGGGACGUCUAUGCGCUCUUCAUGCACGCGCACUUUGUCGUCGAGCGCGCAAGAGAGGCGCUGCUGUGGGCCUGGGUCGUCGCGCGCGUGGGCGGCGUCGACGGCAGCUGGGGCGAAAAGGAGGCGACACAGGCGUGGGCGGAACUCGGUGGCGUGCUGGGUGAGAACGAACUGGAGGUUCAGAGUGGGUUCCGAGAUACAAUGGUGAAGGAGCGUGUCGCGAAGGUGCUAGAGGAAAGCGGCUUCAAGCCGCAAAGUCUGACUUCGUAUGCUUUCUCAUCGCUGGAUGGAUAUCCGUACUCGGGCCUGGGCACCAGAGGACAACAACACUGGCCGACAUUCACACCCGGCACGGACGAGAAAGGACUACCCUCGUGCAGUAUCUCAUUUGACGAAUGCUUCUCGCCCAACGCUAGUAAUCGCGCCAGCGAUAUCUUCAAAGGUAUCGCUUUCGAUAAGUUGCAAUGUGGUGACUGCGUCAUAAAGGCACUUGUUCGUGCCAGUGGCAGUCAGGGCCUCUCUGCGUUCCUGCCUCUCCCAGAGUUAGUCAUGCCUCCGGUCGCCGCGCCAGCAGCUGGCACACAUCGAACAGAUGAGGAGCCUCAUCUGCCGCUGGUUCACGAUUGGCACGAUGGUGACUUCUCUUUGCGUGCUGUCGUAGGCACCACACACAACGUCAAUGUGCGACAGUGGAUCUUGCAACUGAUGCAGCGUUACCGAUACGUAAUCAGAGACACACCGUCAGCCUUUGAACGGCUUACAAGUCCCGGACAGGUAUCCUCUAUGCUGAGAAGAAUUGAGCGUAACCCAAAUGUCGCUCUGCUUUGUCUGAAUGACGAUGUCAUGAAAGAGAGCUGGAACAACCAGGUCACAGACGUUCUCAAAACCUGGUUCGACAGUCACUGGGGACAACCCGCCACAUGGGAGCAGCAAUAUUAGCAUUUCACAUUUGUACACUAGCAUUCAUUGCACGUUCUCGGUUUCCGUCUGUUUGGUUGACUUAUUUAUCUGCGGCGUGCUGGCAGUGAUUCUUUGCAAAUAGCGAAUGUUAUGCAGAGACCUGAGCAUGGCCACUAUCCUCCCGCCACCGCCGCAACCACCUAUACUCGAUCCCAUGUUUUUGCAGCUCCUCCUCGAUCUUCGCCAAUGUCACAGCCAACCAUGCCUUCUCCCUGUCUUCGUCUGUGACACGCACCGGCGGUAGCGCCUGAGAACGCGGAUCGGUGUUUGCCAACAGCGCCUGCAAAUGGGGGACCAUCUCACGUGCGAUCACCAGCGACUCUGCUUGAAGCAUGCCAAG